AUGGCUUCGAUUUCCUUGCCUCCGCAGACUCAAUCGACUAUGCUCUCUCAACACCUGGAUGCCCCGACCCAAGGGCUUACCGGUCACAGCCGUCGAAAUUGGUCCAUGUCUGCGCCGCUGCCAAACCCGCCUUUCGUCUUUCCUGCUCGCGAUCCCGAUGAUGUCCAAAGUCGACCUCCAGCUAUGCGUGAACCCGAGUCCCGAUCGGCCGCUCCCCUUCCCGCAUUUUCUUUCAAUCCUGGAUCGGCACAUGCAGCUCAGCCGUCCGUGUCAGUUCCUCCGCCCAACCGAGCGGGAGGACACCGUCGGCGAUGUAGUGAAUUUGUUGGGGGCGAUCAUUUGGUGAGCUCGGGGGUGCCGGAAUCCAACCAGGGCAAUGAUGAGAACUCAACGCCAAUGCCUGCCAAUCUUGCUCCUCCUGGUCCCGGUUUCAGUACCGCUGGACAUGGGAGGAGGCGUGGCCACGCACAUCGACGCUCCGCAGCAGUGUCCAGUGUCGACCUCACUGCUAUUCGACAAGCCCUUGACACGAAGCCGACCAUUGGAAGUGCUCCCGUUACGCCCGCAGAUGUGAAACGGGAGAACGUGGUGCAUGAUGAGAUGCCUAGACCCUCCCAAUCGGCCCCCAUUUUGAAUCGGCACACGCCUCCCGCCUCGCCGCCGAUGCCGACUGGUGACAAUUCUCCACACCACGCCAAACCCGCAACCCCCGGUGAUUCUCUCCCUGUGGAUCGCCCUCGCUCUUCCUCGGAGACUGCUGAAAGCACGACUACCAUUCAACCAGAACCCACCGCUAGAAAUAGCGAACCUGCUCUGGCGAACGUAACGCCUUCGCCAGCUAACCGAAAGGCUAGAGCCCGACCAAAGACUGCCGAUGCAUCUUUAAUGUUCAAUUUUAGCGCAACAGAUCUUCCAUGUGAUGGGUCACCAUCAAAACGGCCGCUGGCUGCGCUCGGUCACACCCGUCAUAAAAGCUUGUCUGCUGGGAUUCUUGACGCAGCCUUACGCAAAAAGAGCCCGACAGACGAAGAUUACCGACUUUCUUCUUCAUCCGACGACACCUCUUCGGAUACCUCUGUUGAUGAUGACGACUCACCUCAGUCUUCUAAAAAGCAGGCUUCCAAAGCCAAGAAGAAGCAAAAGAAAGUACGAUCAUGGGCCGGUUCCAUCUUGACUCGUGGCAAAGGCAAAAAGCACCAUUCGAAGAAAGAUAAAUCACAGCGCCCUAAACCGCCGAUGCUUACUAGGACAAAUUCAGACUUCGGGUCAGGCUUGGACGUUAAUUUUGACGACGACAACAUUGUCGUCUUGCGCACCCCCACCAAUCCCAGUUACCCCGAGUCCAGUCAUCCCACUAUCGACACGACUGAAACCCCACCAUCGCUGGAAAACUCAUGGAAGCCUAGGAGUUUCUAUGAGCAGGGUACCCAGCAGGGUGAUGUUUUGAGUCCCGUUAUUGAUUUAGAUGCAGCCUUAGGGCCGUUUAAUACGCCAGAUCUGCGGUCCGAUGGGCCUGCAACUGCAAGCACUGGGUUUUCGGCCGCAACAAAACGAAUGUACAGCGGUGGAAGACGGGGUGAAUUCGUCGGCCCAGAAAUGCGCUAUCAUCGACGAGCGGAAAGUGCUCCGGAGAUGCCCCCUUUCGACCGCAGUGCUUUGAUCGGAAAUCGAUUUUCCAGCAAUUCUGUGGCCGAGAACCCCGAUGUGUUUUACGAAGAGGAGGAGGAUGCCUUCCUCGCAGCCACCAAUGAAUCACCCAUAGAUGGCGAUGGCAAUGGCGAUGAAUUACCGCCAUCUCAAGCUCUCUCGUCUCCAACCAAAGAACCCGAUGACCAAUCGGCUAGUAGCAAGGACAGCUCCGAUACGCUGACUCGCGAACCGGCCGACGAUGACGUGAAACCGCAGAACGCUGGUCUCGGGAUACGGAGGAACGCACCGCCUCAUUUGAAUGUUGAUGGAGUCUCUAGCAGGGAAGAUCGCAGGGCCGCUGCUCAGCAGAAUGCUGUUAAUCAGAUACACCAAGCGAACAACCCCUUCUCUAACCAACCAAAGACUCCAGUGGAGUUUAUCAAGCAAGAGGAAUGGCACCAUAAAAUGCCAGUGCCUCCUAGCCCUGACGUUUCCCCUCGGUUUUUACCAGCUGACAAGCGCCCGGUGACAUCUCCCCUGGAACCCAUGCCUCCCUUUUCUCUCCACAACGGAUCUUCUCUUCCAAAUUCCUCUUUUCCAUCUCCGGAUUUCCAUGGUUGCUCGCCCGAUGGUCCUCGUUCUAUCACAACGUCAUCGACAACCGAUCGCAAAUUCUCGAACCCUUCGUAUAAUAUGUCUAUGGACUUCCCACACGCGUCAAUCGAGGAUGUGCCAUCGUUGACUAGCAGUGCAUCAACCAUGACCAACACAAUGAACCGUUUCUCCGCUACCUUUUUCCCUCGUCGAGGUUCCAAUGAUCGCUCAGCGUCGUUCUCUGCUGCCGUCCACCGUCGCAGCAGCCACGCCCAUAGUCAAAAGAGGACAAGCCUUGCUAGCUUGUCCAAGUUGAUGGUUGGGCCACAUGCGGAACGAAGUAAGCUCAGUUAUGAAGAGAAGCCACCUGGAGAUACGCCUGAAAAGACGAAAAAGAAGGGUCGCCGAAUCAGCCGUCUAAUGCAUUUCUGGCGAACAAAAGAUAAAGACAAGUCUAGCCCGCAUACUGUCUACGAGGAACAAUCAUGA